CUGAUCGCAUGAGAAACACUUGAGGGUGGAAGUGAAUGCAAGCUCACGCACUAGAGUUUGAAAGAUUUGAUGUGUGCAAGUUCUGCACCAUAGAUACCUGAGUGAUGUCUGGACGAAGAGUAGUGGUUUUCUCCUCUGCAGAAGAGCUUGGGAUGACUCUGGCCCAGCUGGUGUCCUCUCGAGCAGAGAAAGCUCUGGGCACAGGUGCAAGUUGCUUCUCUCUGGGCCUUUCUGGAGGGAGUCUGGUGAACAUACUCGGUAAAGACUUGCCUGCUGUACCAAACCUAGACUGCAGCAAAUGGCUCAUAGGGUUCUGUGAUGAGAGACUUGUGCCAUUUAAUGAUGCCGAGAGCACUUACGGUUUAUACCAAGUAUUGGAGGGUGGUGAAGGCCCUGCACUUCCAGCAGCACUUGUCACACCUACACAGGGAGAGCUUUUCUGGUUAUUAGAUGAGCCAGCUGCUUCCUCCCUCACUUCUCAGGUGGAGAGGCCAGGACCUGGGGCUAAACUCUAAAUUCAGAAGACCAAACUUGUAGGAACACUGUAAAGUAUUCAUAUGAAGUCCUUAAGAGCUCUUGUAUCUUGAAAAAUGUUUGCUAUAAGUUUCACCAAAAUACCAUAAUUACUACAGUUAUUGUCACUACUAUAAAUCCAUUAAUUAAUAAAUACUGAAUUUUUCAAAUAA